AUGACUUGCUAUUCUGCAUGUCUACUUAUAGCCGGCUUUGCCACCAAUCCAGUCUUCCUUGACGUCUUUUGCGGUCUUGUUGGUUUGUGCUCAGCAGCAUCCGUGCCAGCCGCCAUUGGCACUCUUGGUGCUGCUUAUCCACGACCAUCCAGGAGGAAGAACAUAGCGUUCGCUUGUUUCAGCUCCGGAAAUCCGCUCGGUUUUGGAGCUGGUGCUUUGCUUUCUGGUUUUCUGAACAGGUCCAUGCCAUGGCGAGCUUCUUUCUGGACACUUGCUGUCAUAUAUGGUCUGGUUGCUGCGCUUUCAUGGUGGACAGUUCCACCGGAAAAUGAUUGUUCUCGGUGUUCUCUCGAUUUUAUGACGCUUACUCAGCUCGACUGGCUGGGCGCAAUUGCUAUCAUUGCUGGCCUUGCACUUUUGCUAAGUGGAAUUACAUUAGCCGCCGCUGCACCGUAUGGAUGGUCAACCAACUAUAUCGUGGCCUUCAUCUCCUUCGGCAUCAUUUUGAUAAUCGCCUUUGUGGUCUGGCAAGCCAUCAUAUCCUUUGGCUACGCAGCUUUCAGCAGUAACAUGUUCUUCCUAGCCCUUUUCCUACAGAAGAUCCGCAGCAUGUCUCCCCUCCUGGUCGCGGUACAUCUCCUUCCUCAAGUCAUUGGCGGUAUCCUUGUUAAUAUCAUUGCCGGUCUUCUAAUGCACUACAUCAGCAAUAAAAUAUUGAUCUCCGUUGGCGCCGUGUGCUACGUCUUGGCCUUUACUUUACUCAGCGUAAUGCAAGAAGAUAGCUCCUACUGGGCUUUCAUCUUCCCAGCAUUGUGUCUUAGCGUUGUGGGAGCAGACUUCGAAUUUACGGUCACCAACAUGUACGUUAUGUCAUCACUACCUUUGGCGCAGCAAUCUGUUGCUGGUGGCCUCUUCAACACCGUCAUGAGACUGAGCAGUAGUGUGGGCUUUGCCGUGUCCACGGCGGUCUUCAAUGGCCUGGACGCUUUAGGAGUAGAUGAAAGCAAUCUCUCUUCUGCGUAUGGCAAGUAUAGGGCGACUUUCUUUGUCUCGCUAGCAAGUUCUGGACUCAGUCUUUUCCUCCUGCCGUUCUUGACUCUUAAGAGCCAGGGUGGGCGGAGUCAGAGAGGAUAA